CAUUAGGCAUCUAGCCUAAUGUACGUGAUAUCUACGGAUUUGAACAGGUUAGGUCUCUACACCGGAGCAGAUCGAUAAAAUUACCAUUUCAAAAUGGAGACUGCGGUGGACAAGCUUGAGAAUAUGUUUUCAAAAUCUGAAGCCGACCUGGAUGUCAUCGAGAAGCGUCUGACGGUGGAGCUAAUCAACCACACUGAAGAGAAUGGAUAUUCCCGUGAGGAGAGCCCAAUUGUGAUGCUGGAGAGACUCAGAGACAUUAAAGACAAAUACAAUGUGCUGCGCUCUCAGAUGACUGAGGUUGAAGCUGCACAAAAAGUGUCCAUUUUGUCCAUCCGAGACAAUCUCAACAGUAUCAUGGAACUAGUUCAACACUUUCAACGGACAACUAGUGUGGAGGUUCACUCUGUGGCUGACUCAGUGCAACAGAUAGAAGAGCUGGUACAUAGCGUUGGUGACGCUUGAGUCUAUCCUAUUCAGGGUCCCGGGUGAGCUGCAGCCUUUCCAACCUAACCAAGGUGGACAACUGGCCAAAACAAGAGCACCCCCCCCCCCCCCCCCAUCCAUUUUGACCUAUCUCAUUUUUUCAAUUCCAAAAUAAACUGCUUGUUCCGGGAUAAUAAAAUAUUUUGUCGUUAACAUUGCUGAUUCUUUGAAUUGUUUAUUUUGUCAAUAACUAUAUUGGCAAUCUCAAGAAUGCAAAAAAUUACAGGUGCUGUGAAAUGACCAUGUCAAAAAAAAAAAAUGAAUAUGACUGCACUCAGGUAAACUCACAUGUAGAAAAUA